UAUAAAUAGGUGGCGUAUAUUAGAGUGGAGUGCUCUUUCCAUUUCCGUGCGCCGGCGAAGAUGUGGAUUUUCGGAAGGAAGGGAGCUUCGGGGUUCUCGGCGUCGUCCACGGCGGAGGAAGUUGCUCGAGGAAUCGAUGCCUCUGGCCUCACCGCCAUUAUUACAGGAGCAUCAAGUGGUCUUGGAGUAGAAACCGCUCGAGUUCUUUCUUUGUGUGGUGCUCAUGUAAUUAUGGCAGUGCGCAAUGUGGAAGCUGGUAAAAAAGUUAGAGAAAGCAUAAUCCAAAAGGUGCCAAAUGCUAAAAUUGAUGUGAUGGAGCUUGACCUAAGCUCUCUUGCGUCUGUUAGGAAAUUUGCAUCGGAGUAUAACUCCUCAAACCUUCCGCUAAACCUCCUCAUUAACAAUGCAGGGGUGAUGGCUACUCCUUUCAUGCUUUCACAGGACAACAUAGAAAUGCAAUUUGCAACCAACCAUGUCGGGCAUUUUCUUUUGACAAAUCUUCUACUGGAUAACAUGAAGAAGACUGCCCAAGAGAGUCAGAAAGAAGGAAGAAUUGUAAAUGUUUCAUCUGAGGGUCAUCGGUUUGCAUAUAGUGAAGGCAUUCGCUUUGAUAAAAUUAAUGAUAGUUCAAGUUAUACUAGCUUUUACGCUUAUGGACAAUCAAAACUAGCCAACAUACUCCAUGCUAACGAACUCGCGAGGCGCUUGAAGGAAGAAGGGGCUAAUAUAACUGCCAACUCACUCCAUCCUGGAGCAAUCCCCACCAACCUUUCGCGACACAAUUCCGUGAUUGACAGUUUGAGCCACUGGUUUGGUAAAUACGUACUUAAGAGUAUUCCUCAGGGAGCUGCGACAACAUGUUAUGUAGCUUUGCAUCCACAAGUUAAGGGAGUGAGCGGCGAGUAUUUUGCAGACAGCAACAUUAGUAAAACGAGUGUGUUAGGCACCGACGUGGAAUUGGCCAAAAAGUUGUGGGAUUUCACCGUGGAUCUAACCAAAACCGUGUAAGUCUGUUCCAUAACAUUAUUAUCCUACUAUGUUGUCGUUGCGAUGUGUGUUUGUACGACUAUGCAACAGCUUAUGUUGUCUUGAUUAGUUUGUGUGAAAGUUACGACUUAAGGAGUGCUAGUUUACGGCUUUGUGUUAACUAGCGAUGGUCUUACAUACGUCGCCGUGCUUUUUAUUUGAUGUUGUCUUAAGUGGGGGAUUGUUUUUGUUUGAGUUUGUAAGAAUGCUAAGGGUGUGUUUGUUUGGCGGUCGUAAAAAAUUUGAAUUUGAAUA